AUGUUAAAAAAUAAUAUAGAUAAUAGUAUCAUUCUUAAUAAAAAUAACAAUGAAAUUACAAUUCUCCCAAACCCAUUACUAUAUGAUUGUUUAAUAUUUUAUAAUAAACUAAAAUGCCCUUUUAAAGGAUAUAUCUCAAGUUUAAUGGAGUUAAAAGAAAAGAUUAUUAAAGAUACUGAACUAAACAUCUCACCUUCAUUAUUACUGAUAUAUCAUAAUAAAGACGAUUGCAACUCAACAUGUGAAAAUAUAUUUUUAAAUUUAUUACCUCCUUUAUGUGGGCCAUUGAGAGAGCAACCAUUUUUAAAACAAGUUAUCAAUAUACAUCAUCAACCUGCUUAUUUAAAACAAUUUAAAUUUACCUGUUUAAAAAACCAAAAAUUAAAAAUUUAUUAUAGCAGCUUGUGGUUGUUUUUAAAUUUGGCAAAGGAGACAAAGCUAUGGUAUACCAAUGAAAAUGAUAUCGCAAGUCAUGUCGCUAUGGUCAUAAGAGAUAUUCUUGCUGGUGGUCAAAUAAAAGCAGAAUGUAAAGUUGAAAUUGGUAUUUAUAGUGUAACUUCAAUUAUAUGGUUAAUUUCAAAUUCUUAUGGUUUACCAAUUGGGAUUGUUCAAUUUAAAAAACCAAAUGAAAUAGUUUUAAACAAUCCAUUUGUCUGUGGAGAGUUGUUAAACUACAUGCUUAUUUUAAAAGAAAUGUAUGGUCAAAAGAAUGUGUUUGGUAUUUCUACAACAUAUAACCAAUGGAGGAUAUACUGGUUACCUGAUUCCGAAGCUGACCAAGAUGAUUUAAUUUCAAAAACUGAAUCUAACACCAAAUUGGAGUAUCCAUCAUUGAUACCAAUUGAAAAUAAUCUUAAUGAGCCAAUUGAAUAUAGUAAAGAUAGUCAUAAUAUAUAUCCACAGUCUAUAAAUAGAGUAAUUUACGGCACAAAGUUAUAUAAUUUUUCAUCAGAAGAACUACCAAUGGUUUUACUAUCAACCUUAAAGAAGAUGUUUUACUCUGAAAGAAAACCUGAGAUUGAAUUACUCGACAAAAAAAGAUUGUAUAUGCAAAUUGAUAAAUAUAAUUGGUAUUGGGUCAAUAUUAGAAUUGAUUCUCUAAAAUAUUUAAUCAAUUUAAAUUUUGAUAUGGUUAGAGCUGCAGUUGUCUUAUUAGACUUAAGUGAAAAGAGUGGAAAGGUAUGGUUAUGUUCCACUGUUGAUGGAUAUGUUUUUGUAUUAAAAUUUUCAUCAGGGGAAAAUUUUACUGAAACUGGGGAAGAACUUAAAAAUGAAUCAAUGUUUUGGAAAUUAUUUUGGGAUUUCAAUGCAAAAGUUAAUAUUUUUAAUAAUAGACCAGCUUUAAUGAUGCCAUUUUUGUUAAAAGCAUCAGAAGAUGAUUGGAAAAAUGAUGAAUUUGUUAAUCAAGUUUUAUCUACAAUAUCCAAUUUAGCAUCAAAUGGAAACUACUAUCAUUGUUUGUCCAAAAGAAAAGUUGGGAAAUAUAUAGAUAAAAAUAAUAAAAAAAAUGUUGCUUUCUUUGAUCUCUCUUUUUGUGAAUAUAAUAGAAAUGAUAAAAAAGAAAUUGAAAAUUUGAUGAAAAAUAGUCUUUUUAAUACCUGUUAA